GGCAGGAGGACUACGAUCGGCUCCGACCGCUGUCUUACCAGAACACAAACGUCGUCUUAAUUUGUUACGAUGUCAUGAGCCCCACGAGCUAUGAAAAUGUAGCAGCUAAGUGGUAUCCCGAGGUGAAUCACUUCUGCCGAGGGGUGCCCGUGGUGCUGAUCGGCUGCAAGACAGAUCUGCGCAAGGACAAGGAGCAGCUGCGCAGGCUCAGGGCGUCCAGGCAGGAGCCCAUCACCUACAGCCAGGGUGAGGCAGCCUGCCAGCAGAUUAAUGCAGAGGUUUAUCUGGAAUGCUCAGCAAAAUGCCGUGAAAACAUAGAAAAUGUUUUUAAGGAAGCCACAACCAUCGCCCUGAACGCCAUGAAGAAAGCCAAGUGCCACAGGAAGAGGAGAGUAUGCUCAGUGUUAUGA